UAGCUCAGUUUAUGAACUCAAAUUUGCUUUACAGAGUACCAGUUUUUGUCAGAAUUGAAUGAAAUUUGAAAACCAUAACUACAAUCUGCACACUGUCAACUUCUUGUUUAAAAAACUAGAGAUUACAUGAAUUUCAACUAUGUUGAAUCUUCCUCAUUUCCGAAACUUCAUAUGAGAGCUAAACUUAUUAUGAUUUUCCACGAGAGGACAAAGAUUAAUACGGAGUAAUCAAAACUAUGCUCUAUGCCUCAUGUGUUCUUAGGUAGUAUAGUCAAUCGUCGUCAGCUUUAGCCUUCAGCUUGCAAAAACUGUUCCCGCCAUCCAUAUACAUCAAUCUAGUAAUCCAUACCCCCUCUGUAUUUUAAAAAGAGAUACACUUUUUUAAACGGCCGUAUUUUAAAAAGAGAUACACUUUUCUUUUUUGACAUGUUUUGGUCCCCACUUCCAAUUAUAUUAAUAUUUCUUUUUUUUUUGUGGUCCCUACACUUCCUCACAUCAUCAUUUUACUAUAAUAAAUAAUUCACCCACUACCCCACUUUCAUCUUAUUUUAAUAAAUUCAACUCACUCUCCUAAAACUAUGUGCCGGUCAAAGUGUAUCUCUUUUUAAAAUACGGAGGGAGUAUAUUUCAACAAUGUCGAUCAAAUUUUGACAAAAAUCUAACACGAGCUUGGUUGCUGUCAUGCCUAGUUGAGUUGUGUUGGGUUGAGCUAGUUUUGGCAAAAACUAACAUAAGCUUGGUUGUUGUCAUUCCUAGCUGCGGAUUUUAUUACAAUGACUGGAGUAGUGUAUUACUAAGGUUAUUUCUCCAAAAUAUAGUCAACAGUAGCAUUUUUUGUAAUAAAAAAAAAAGAAAAUUAAAGUGAUGUGACUUGUAAAAAUCCCAACUAACUGUCAGCAACUACUAGUCCUAGGAAUAAGAAGGGUAAGUAGAAACUGAAAACUGUCAAUCUUCCCCACUAUUAUCUGCACCUUAGUAAAUGAACCUUAUGAAUCCUAAACAUUUACCUGAUUUUUUUCAUAAAAUGGAAGAACAGGGCCACAUUACAACACCAUCAGGUCCAUCACCAAUUACUCAUGAUAGUUCUCCUUCUUCUUCCUCUCCACCCCCUGCUGCACAGCCUGAUGAAUCAGAGGAAACUGAGGUACAGCAGCAACCAUGGCGUUGGCAGCCGAAUUAUGUCUUCCAUUGUUUCCACAUGACUGUAACCAGUUUGGUUUCAGAUGAUGUUAGAAAUGAUGCUUGGUCUUGCUUGAUUGUGCUUCUCACUUUUUGGUUCUUUGCAGCAUCUAUGAUUCUGAUUAUUGGGUUUUAUGGACCUUUCAACAUACAACUCGGGCCAAAUAGCUCUUUCUUGAUCGAAACCAACCCAUUCUUUGUGGAUACCAUUAAGGCACAACAAACAGAUGAUCAGAGAGCUGGGUCAAUGCUCUACGGAUUCCAUGAGUCCCCUUCACUUAAUGUUGAAACCACUUGGUCACAAAAUCACACAUUUUAUAUUGACCCUGAAUUUCACAAGGAGUUGGCAUAUUACCUGAAUGCUGGAUCUAGAAUUGACGUGUCUUAUGAUGUAAAAUUUCCCGGUUCUGCCUCUUUGUCUCUUGUAAUUGCCCAAGGUAGAGGAAGUCUACUCGAGUGGAUAGGUUCUCCUUCCUAUCCUAAUACAACCAUGUCUUGGAACAUCAUCAACGGGAAAGGUAAAAUCGCGCAGGACAUAAAAGAGUCCGAUACCUACUUCGUGGGAGUUGGUAACUUGAACCUGGAGACAGCAGAGGUUUACUUGAACAUCACCAUAAUGUCUAUUCUCUAUAAUACUACCAAUGCUUCUUUCAAGUGCUUGUUAAGAAAUCGCGUUUGCAGCUUCAAGCUUAUCCUUCUGAAGCCUAAUGCAGCUGUCUUAACUUCUCCAGGUCCAGCACAGGUUAUGACUGAUGAUGAUGAUUGGUACGUCCAAGUUUCGUUUGGACCACAAUGGGUCACAUACUGUGGUGGAUCAUGUAUAGUGGCAGCACUGAUUUUAGUACUAUUCAGAUACCUUUACCCAUUUCAGUCAAACACCGGGAAUGAAGCUGGAAAUCAAGUAGGCGAAAGUGUACCUGACAGACAGCCAUUGCUUUCCCCAAAGAACAAUGAUCAUUCUAGUUGGGGCUCAUCUUAUGACUCAAUUCCCAGUGAUGAGGAUCAGGGUCUUGAAGAAAAGAUGAUUUCGGAGGACUCCAUUGAAGGGGAAUUCCCGAUAGAAGGAGAAAUUCAUAGCCAUAAUACUCGCCGCUUAUGUGCUAUAUGUUUUGAUGCACCUAGGGACUGUUUCUUCCUUCCUUGUGGACAUUGUGCUGCUUGUUUCAGCUGUGGAUCAAGGAUCGCUGAAGAGGCGGGUAUUUGCCCCAUAUGCCGUAGGAAGAUGAAGAAAGUAAGGAAAAUAUUUUCAGUGUAAGAAAAGAGUUUAGUUUGGUGUGAACUUUAUGUUCUUCAGCCUCCAUAGAAGGCUAUUGUGAUAGAAUUGAACUCUUUGGCUUGUAUUAACAUGUAGAAGGGAAUGUUGGAAGGUUAGUAGGCAUUUCAUGGUGCCUGACCUAAAGUUUUGUUCAACUGGCAAUCCAUGCUAUCUAUAUAUGACAACAUAGUCCUCUAUUUUCUGUUCUCUUA